UCUAUUUUCCAAUAUCCGGCAAAGCUGGUGAAACACGACGCAACAAAGCCCUAAAUUCCAUAUCUACUUUAUCUAGAUUCUAAAUCUAGAUCUAGGCCUCUAUGUAACUGGAUAUAAAUUUAACAUAAAUAGCUCUCCACUUAACUAUUUUUCUGAAAGUCAAAAGGAAUCUGGAGAUCUGUUCUAGAUCUACUCUAGAUAUCAACAACAUUCUUUGCUGAGGUUAUAUUUUCGACUAUGACUUUAGAAAUUGCAAUUAGCAAGGAAAAGCCGGCCAUUGCUGCAGCACUAGCAUCAGCUAUUCUAUCUCUCAAAGGAGAAAAAGUUAAAUGGAUUCUUGGAGAAGCUAAUUGCCUAAAAGUAAAUAAUGAUGUCGUGUUUGCCAAUUCUUCCUCUAUUCUUCGAUAUUUGGGAAGGGCAUUUCCUACAUCUGGACUUUAUGGAACAGACAGCCUCCAAAAAACUGAGAUUGAUCAUUGGCUUAGUUUUGCUUAUGGAAGACUAGCCUGUACAACGAACUAUAAAAAUGCUGUGGCUGACUUGGAUAAAAUGCUUAGGCCAUCAACGUACAUUGUUGGUGAAUCUCUGUCUCUGGCUGAUCUAGCCAUUUGGGAGGUUUUGCAUUCUAGCAGUCUUUUCCAAACAUCCCUGGCCUCAGAUUCUGCACCUGUCAAUGUGACACGCUACUACACUUUCUUAACUGCCCAGAAAUAUUUUAAUGAAUUGGCAUCAACUUUUGCUGGAGCUGAAGUGAAAGAAACAAAGAAGAGAACUAAUGAAAGCAAUAUAAAAAAAGAUGAAGGCAAGUUUAUUGAGCUCCCUGGUGCUGAAGUAGGCAAAGUAGUAGUCAGAUUCCCACCCGAGGCUAGUGGAUACCUCCAUGUUGGUCAUGCCAAAGCUGCUCUGCUGAACCAGUAUUAUCGGGACACAUUUAAAGGGACACUUAUCAUGAGAUUUGAUGACACCAACCCUGCCAAAGAGGAUGCUGAAUUUGAGAAGGUAAUCCUGGAAGAUAUAGCACUGCUGGGGAUCACCUAUGACAAAUUUAGCCACACCUCCGACCACUUUGAUUCUCUGAUGGUCUACUGUGAGAAGCUGAUUAAAGAAAACAAGGCUUAUGUUGACGACACAGAUCCUGAGGUCAUGAAGAAAGAGAGGGAGGAAAGAAAAGAAUCUAAGAACAGAAACAAUGAUGUGGCCAAAAAUUUAUCACUAUGGGAGGAGAUGAAGAAAGGCACAGCACUUGGCCAGAAAUGUUGCGUCAGGGCCAAAAUUGACAUGAAGUCAGACAAUGGAUGCAUGAGAGAUCCUACCAUGUAUCGCUGCAAGAAUGAGUUUCAUGUUCGUACUGGAAACAAAUACAAAGUGUAUCCUACUUAUGACUUUGCCUGUCCAAUUGUAGACAGUGUUGAAAAUGUGACACAUGCAUUGCGUACAACUGAGUAUCAUGAUCGAGAUGAUCAAUACUUCUGGUUUCUUGAUGCACUAGGUCUGAGAAAGCCACAUCUGUAUGAGUACAGUCGUCUCAACCUUCAGAAUACUGUGAUGUCCAAGCGAAAACUUACUUGGUUUGUAAAUGAAGGCUUGGUUGAGGGAUGGGAUGACCCGAGGUUUCCAACAGUGAGAGGAGUGAGGCGUCGUGGGAUGACUGUUGAGGGAUUGAAGCAGUUCAUUAUUACACAAGGCUCUUCUCGUUCAGUGAACAUGAUGGAAUGGGAUAAAAUCUGGGCAUACAACAAAAAGGUGAUAGAUCCAGUAGUUCCAAGAUAUACUGCACUGUUAAAGGAGAAUGUUGUACCAGUUAUUGCACAAGGAGCCAAGCUAGAAUCCAAAGAAGUGGCUAAACAUCCCAAGAAUGCAGAAGUUGGCAACAAAAUUGUGUGGUAUGGGCCAAAGAUCUUGAUUGAUGGUGCUGAUGCAGAAGUAAUUACAGAAGGGGAGAUAGUAACAUUUAUCAAUUGGGGAAACUUGAUCAUGAAAAAAAUUAACAAAGAUAGCAAUGGCAAAGUAACAUCUAUUGAAGCUCAGCUGGAUCUUAACAACACAGAUUAUAAAAAGACGCAGAAAAUAACUUGGUUAGCUGAAGCUGAAAAGGGUGCCUUUAUUCCCACUGUCUGCAUCCAUUAUGAUCACAUCAUCAGUAAACCUGUGUUGGGAAAGGAUGAAGAUUUCAAGAUGUACAUCAAUAAAAACUCCAAGCAAGAAGAAGUUAUGCUGGGUGACCCCUGUCUUGCUAGUCUGAAGAAAGGAGAUAUCAUACAAUUACAAAGAAGAGGUUACUUUAUAUGUGACCAACCAUAUGAACCUGUCAGCCCUCAUACUGGCCGUGAUAGCCCAUGUGUAUUAAUCAACAUACCAGAUGGUCAUCAAAAAGAAAUGCCAAAAGCUGGGUCCAAACAUAAAGAAACAAAAGAAGAAGCUCAAAGUAAAAAAGGAAAAUCUUCAGAGAAGUCCCCCCAGGAAGAACAGCCCCCAUCCUCAGUACUUACAGGUGACCUUGGUGAUAAGAUCAGUGCCCAGGGGGAGCUAGUGAGAAAGCUGAAAGCUGAUAAAGCUCCUAAGGACCAAGUUGAUGCAGCUGUAAAGACUUUACUGUCCCUGAAGAGUGAGUAUAAAACCAAGACAGGCACGGACUGGAAACCUGUUGCAGUAAAGGCUGAUGGAGACUCUGCUAAACCAGCAGCUACCACUACAGAUAAAAAGGGUAAGAAAGGAAAGGAUGCUGUUAACUCAGCCAAAGGGGAGCAACCCACUGCUCCUGUUGCUUCACCAGAUGCAGAUGACAUCAACAAUAAAAUCAUUGCUCAAGGGGAUAUUGUUAGAAAACUGAAAACAGAUAAGGCACCCAAGGAUCAAAUUGAUGCUGCAGUAAAAACCUUGCUGUCUUUAAAAAAUGAUUACAAAACAAAAACUGGAAAAGAAUGGAAACCAGAUUCAGGGAAGCCUGUAGGUGAUGCUGCUAAACCUGUUGCUGCACCGGCCAGUAAAGAAACUGGCAAACUGUCUGAGCUGAAUGACUCCAUUGUCUCUCAGGGAAAUAAAGUUAGGGACUUAAAGUCUGCCAAAGCUGCUAAGAGUGAAAUAGAUGCAGCAGUAAAGACACUGCUACAACUUAAAGCAGACUAUAAAUCAGUGUCUGGCCAAGAUUGGAAACCUGACCAAAGUCCUCCAGCAGUACCAGCACAAAAAGUGUCUGGUGAGGACAUAGGAGCUAAGAUUACAGAUGCUGAGCACAAAGUUCAGGAGCUCAAGAACAGCAAGGCUGCUAAGAGUAAAAUAAAUACAGAGGAAAAGAAUUUGACCAAACUGAAAGAAGAGUACAAGAAAGCUGUUGGCACUGAGUGGAAGGCAGCCACCACAGAGAAAACAUCUGCUGCCACUACAUCUAUGGCUUCUAAAGCUGAUAGUGCUGAGGCUAAAGCCCUUAAGUCUAAAGUUGAUGAGCAAGGGGAGAAAGUGAGGCAGCUCAAGUCUUCUGGGGCAGACAAGGCCAGUGUGGAUGCUGCAGUGAAGGAGCUGCUCAGCCUGAAAUCUCAGUACAAAGAUCUUACAGGUGAAGACUUGGCUGGAGGUGCAAAGGGAGGGAAAAAAGGAGGAAAAGAAGAAAAGAAAUCUGAUACUAAGAAAGGAAAAGAUAAAAAGCAAGAAGGUUCAGGAGACGCAGCUGCUUCUCAAAAGGAAGAUGGAAAGCGUGAAAUUAAAAAGGUCACAAGGCUGGGGCUGGAGGCAACCAAGGAGGACAAUCUUUCUGAGUGGUACUCACAAGUAAUCACCAAGUCAGAGAUGAUAGAGUACUACGAUGUCAGUGGCUGCUACAUUCUGCGUCCAUGGGCUUACAAUAUAUGGGAGACCAUUAAGGAUCAGUUUGAUGCUGCCAUUAGGAAAAUGGGUGUUGAAAACUGUUACUUCCCCAUGUUUGUCUCACACAGCGCACUAGAGAAAGAAAAAACACAUAUAGCUGACUUUGCCCCAGAGGUUGCCUGGGUAACAAGAUCUGGACAGUCUGAAUUAGCUGAACCAAUAGCUAUUCGCCCAACCAGUGAAACUGUGAUGUACCCAUCUUUUGCCAAGUGGAUUAAAUCCCACAGAGAUUUACCUUUGAGACUCAACCAGUGGUGCAAUGUUGUGAGGUGGGAGUUCAAACAUCCACAACCAUUUUUAAGAACUCGAGAAUUUUUGUGGCAAGAAGGUCAUACUGCCUGGGCUGAUCAGGCAGCAGCAGAGGAAGAGGUGUAUGCUAUCUUGGAAGAGUAUGCUAGAGUGUAUGAAGAGCUGCUGGCCAUUCCUGUAGUCAGAGGCCGGAAGACUGAAAAGGAAAAAUUUGCGGGUGGAGACUUCACUACAACUGUUGAGGUUUACAUCUCAGCCAGUGGCCGUGCAAUCCAAGGAGCAACAUCCCAUCACUUAGGUCAAAACUUCUCCAAAAUGUUUGAAAUUGUCAUAGAGGACCCAGAGACCCAGCAGAAAAAAUAUGUGUACCAAAACAGCUGGGGUCUGACAACAAGAACAAUUGGUGUUUUAGCAAUGGUUCAUGGUGAUAACACAGGCCUGGUUCUACCACCAAGAGCAGCUACUUUACAAAUUGUUAUUGUACCAUGUGGAAUAACUGCAUCCAUGUCAGCUGCUGAUUCUAAGCAACUGUAUGAUAAAUGUUCAGAACUUGCUUCUACUUUCACUGCAGCAGGGUUCCGCUGCAAGGCUGACAACAGAGAUAACUAUUCCCCUGGAUGGAAGUUUAACCAUUGGGAAUUGAAGGGUGUUCCUGUUAGAAUUGAACUUGGUCCUCGUGAUCUUAAAGAAAACCAAGUCGUAGCAGUAAGAAGAGAUACUGGAGAAAAGUCAACCAUCCCCAUGAAUAUUUUGGUGGAGUCACUUAGGAAACUGACUGAUGACAUUCAAGACAGUUUGUAUAAUAAAGCAAAGAAAGAAUUGGAUGAACAUCUUACUGUGUGUCAUGCUUGGACUGAAUUUUGUGACAGUUUAGACCAAAAGAAACUCAUUCAAGCACCUUUUUGUGGAGAAAUUCCAUGCGAGGACAAGAUCAAGCAGGACAGUGCUAGGGAUGUUGUAGUAGAAGAAGGGGCCCCAGCCAUGGGUGCCAAAGGCUUAUGUAUACCAUUUAAACAACCACAAGAAUUGAAGGCUGGAACCAAAUGUAUAAUGCCAAGUUGCACUAAGCCUGCCAAGUAUUAUACGAUGUUUGGCAGAAGUUACUGAAUCUUUAACUUAUGUUUGAAAAAAUUAUCAUCAAAGCAAGAGAAAAUAAUUUUUUUUCCAAAAAUUAUAACUAAAUGCAUUUCAUUUAAAGCAAAUUAAGAAAUGUCUUUAUUCUGUUUUGAAGUACCCUAUUUAGUAGUUGUAGCUAUAUCAAUUUAAAAUGUUAAUUUUGAUAAUUUAAUGGGUAGCAAUGGUUUUGUUUUUAUUUCCAGUAGUUUUUUUUUUUUUGUUUUUUUUUUGCCAAAGGUUGUUCUGGUCUAAAAAUGUGUAUUUUGCUGUUUUAUUUGUAUUAAAUCAGUGUGAGUUAAAUAAAAAUCAAUACAAGAAAUAUUAGCUGUUAGUUUUCAUUGAGUGAAGGUGUGAUGUAAAAAAGAGAAUCAGGUUGUUAAAGC